AUGGAUUAUUUUGAUAUAAAUAAUACAAUCAUUCAAACAUUUUUGAUGAUGGUUUUAAAGAUGAUCAUAAAAUUUAAUAAACAAGAAACAAGAAAAGCAACAUUUAUAAUGAAUAAAUUAAUAAAAAUGAAUAGAAUAGAACAUUUAUAUGAAGUAGUUAUUUAUGUAUUACAAAAUACAGGUGAAGAUAAAACAUUCAAACAAUUAAAAGAUUUGAUCAAAACAUCAUUAUUGGAAUGA